AGAAUUAAAAACAAAGAAAGCCAUUAAAGAAAAAAGAAGAAGAAACGCAGAAUCGUCGUCGUCGUCGUCUUCGCAUUUCGCCGGGAUAUUUUUGAUUCUUGAAUCGGAAUAUUUGUGUUUUCAUUUAUCGAGAGUCAAAGAUUGAAUUUUUUUUUGUUUUUUGUUUUGUUUCUGUUGGGGGAAAAAAGUGGAUUCUUGGGUUUCGAUUUGUAAUAGUUUUAUUUGGUUGUUGUAAGAAUGGAUUCUGAUUCUUGGAGUGAUCGUCUCGCAUCGGCUUCAAGAAGAUAUCAGCUUGAUUUCUUGUCUCGAUCUGACAAUUUCUUGGGAUUUGAGGAGGUAGAAGGAGAAGAUGACUUCAGGGAGGAGUAUGCUUGCCCUUUCUGCUCAGACUAUUUUGAUAUCGUGUCUCUAUGCUGCCACAUUGAUGAAGAUCAUCCUAUGGACGCCAAAAAUGGGGUAUGUCCCGUUUGUGCGGUGAAAGUGAGUUCUGAUAUGAUUGCUCAUAUAACACUUCAACAUGCAAAUAUGUUCAAGGUGACGCGGAAAAGAAAAUCAAGAAGAGGUGGAGCUCAGUCCAUGCUAUCGAUCUUGAAGAGAGAGUUUCCUGAUGGAAAUUUUCAGAGCCUGUUUGAAGGAUCGUCGCGUGCGGUACCCUCUUCUUCUGCCAGUAUAGCUGCUGAUCCUUUGCUGUCUUCGUUCAUUUCACCAAUGGCUGAUGACUUUUUCAUUUCUGAGUCAAGUCUAUGUGCAGAAACAACUUCUGCCAAGAAAACAUCUACUCAGAGUUUUCCUGAAAGGAAUGUUGAGAAGCAGUCUCUUUCAGCAGAGGAUCACAGAGAAAAGUUGAAACAGAGCGAGUUCGUUCAAGGGAUAUUGAGCUCAAUGAUCCUUGACGACAACUUAUAAAGGAGAAAUAAUAAUUCCGAUUACUUCUCUACGGUUUAGAUCAUUCAACGAUUGGAAAAUGUAAACUGCUUUGUUGUUGUUGUUAUCACAACAAGUGAGUUUGUUGGGGAAGGGUUUGGGAAUAAACAGAGAAUAAUGUUAAAAGAGAGACAUGAUAAUAUGAGUAUUAUUAACUUAUGAAAGACAUAUUUGCUCUAAUGAACACUCAGAAUUGUCUGUA